AUUUUAAUUUUAGAAAUUAAUAAGUUUUGUUUUGGAAAUCUCUAGUGCUCCCUGGUGUUCUUUGGACGACGGUUUUCUGAGAAAUCAAGUUUAACUUUUGGUUUCAAAAUUUCUGUUUUACAAUUAAAUCCGAAAUUGAAAUCAAAAUAAAAUUGAAGAUAUAGAUGGUCUCGGAUCUUUCUUCUUAACGUUGUGAUCUUCAAUCGCAUAUGAAUAAUCUUUAUAAAUAUGGCGACUGAAAGAUCUAAGGCUCUGCGCUUCUUCCAACGAAUUCGACGGCGAAGUCCACACCUCUUCCUACGGUGAGCAUCGUUGGCUGCAGUUAUGCAUAAGUUCAGUUUGAUGCGGCGGACUGAGCAAUCUCGAACCCGUGACUGCGAAACAAAGAGACGAUACUCAAGCAAUAGAAGAACUGUCCUGGCAGAACUUGCGAUGUCCAGCGGUUUCAACGCUCGAAGAGUUCAAGUCCGUCUAGGAUGAUUAUUUGUCUUUAACUAGCUUUCACGUGAAUUGCUGGGACGCUUUUAGGAAUGUCGAAUUUAUCAUUGAGAAGUAUCUUGGAUACAUGCAAGCUUACUGGACCAAACUUUCUGGACUGGGAAAGAAAUGCGCGUUUAGUUCUUAGACAAGAAAAUAUUGAGUAUGUGUUAGACACGCCGGUACCCAAGAUUCCUGAUGCUAACUCUCCCGAGUUUGCCACGUUUGACCUGACUGCUCGAGAGAAACACGCUACUGAUGCUAAAACUGUGCAAUGUGUUAUGUUGGCUGCAAUGUCUAUGGAGUUGCAAAGGCAACACGAUAGGAUGAGCGCCUUCGAGAUGCUUGAACACUUGAAAAGUCUGUUGAUUCAGAGAGUCGGACUCUAGAGUAUGAACUUCUGACAGACAUUUUCAAGUGUAGGCUUCAAGAGGGUGGCAACGUGUGUGAGCACGUCCUCAAAAUGAUUGGCUUAAUUGAAAGAGUUGCUACAUCCGGAAUUAAGUUUGAGGAUCGUGUCUCAGCUGCUAUCAUCUUAUAUUCGCUUCCGAGUUCAUUUACUAACUUCAUUGUGAAUUAUAAUUUGAACAAAACGAAAGAGACCAUGCCUGAACCCCAUAACAUGCUCAAGUCUUAUGAAGCCUCAACCUCUAAAGGAAAGACUGUUCUUAUGGUAAGCUCUAAUGCUAAGUCUCGUUCUAAGAACAAGAAUAAGCAAAAGAAGAAAGGUAAGGUUGGACCUACUCCUACAGCUCUGAAGCCUAAAGGUGGAGGUCAUAUGAAACCAAAGGUUGCAAAGGAUGUUUGUCUCUACUGCAAAGAAAAGGGACAUUGGAAGAGAGAUUGUGAGCUGUAUAAGGCUAAUCUAGCCAAAGCACCAGGUGCUUCAAGCUCAGAAGCCUGAGAAGCAGUGUAGCAGUUGGACUGGGUAAAAUUGACCUACGCGUGAAGGCUGGAGCAAAAGUUGCUGCUGAACGUGAUAGGAUCUUAUAGUUUAGAUUUGCCCGGUGGUUUUAGAUUAGAAUUAAAUAAUUGUUAUUUUAUUCCUUCUAUUACCAAGAAGAUUAUUUCCAUUCAUAUGUUAGACAUUAAAAGAUUUCUAUUUCCAUUUUGCUAAUAAUAAUUGUUAUUUUCAUAAAA